GAGUUAUCGGAUGUAGAGCCGUUUGAGCCGCCGGCCGUCCGCGGCGAAUCCAACGGACGGCGGCGACGCCGUAUCCCACCCGAGCGCCGAAACCGCCGCGUCGUCCGCACGCGCGUCAGCCCCUCGUCGGCCGCCGCAUUCCCUCGAUUCGCGAGCGUCGGCGGCGAUAACUUCCGCUUACGCGCGCGCGGGAUGGCGUCCACGCUUUGCUCUCCCCGCCACCACGACCGCUCACAUCUCUGCCGCCGCCUGCGCCCCCGCCCCUCCCCUCCCGGCCACGCUCGUCCCCGGAGCGGCGCCGCCGGCCCAUCAGGAUUGAACACCACGAAAUACCUUUGUUCCCACCCAAUGUCCACCGGCAGGGGUUCUCCCGUAUCGUGUUCAUCCGUGGAAGCAUCCAAAAGCAAGCAAGGACCAGAACAUCUCAUUGUUCUGGUUCAUGGUAUCAUGGCAAGCCCCAGUGACUGGACAUAUGGGGAAGCAGUGCUGAAAAAGAGGCUUGGUGAUAAUUUCUUCAUCUAUGCUAGUUCAUCAAACAUCUACGCCAAAUCUUUUGACGGAAUCAAUGUAGCUGGAAGGAGGUUAGCGAAAGAAGUCUUGGACGUGGUUCAGAAGAUGGCCGGCUUGAAAAAGAUUUCCUUCAUAGCACAUUCUUUGGGUGGUUUGUUUGCUAGAUAUGCUAUUUCUAUACUAUAUUCACAGCAAGCAAAAGAAACUGGAAGUGGUGCUGGUGUCAUGCUGACAAGUGGAGGAUCUGAAAUAUCACGCACUUCAGGAUUAGGUGCCAUUGCUGGGUUGGAGCCAACUAAUUUUAUUACAUUGGCAACCCCACAUCUUGGUGUUAGAGGAAAAAAUCAGCUUCCAUUUCUUCAAGGGCUGUCAAUUCUAGAGAAACUUGCAGCACCUUUGGCACCCUUCAUUGUCGGACGCACUGGUGCUCAACUCUUUCUCACUGAUGGCGAACCUAGCAAGCCACCUCUCCUUCUACUAAUGACAUCUGACCACGAGGACAAAAAGUUCAUAUCUGCACUAGCAGCUUUUAAGAACCGCAUUCUGUAUGCUAAUGUUUCAUAUGACCAUAUGGUUGGUUGGAAAACAUCCUCAAUAAGGAGAGAAUUGGACCUUAGAAAGCCCUUGCAUCGUUCAGUUGAUGGCUACAAGUACAUUGUGAAUGUGGAAUACUGUUCGCCUGUGUCGUCCGACGGUCCCCAUUUUCCUUUGCGGGCAGCCAGAGCUAAAGAAGCUGCACAAAGUACACCGAACAUGGAAAAUACCCAGGAAUAUCACCAGAUGAUGGAGGAGGAGAUGAUUCGUGGGUUGCAGAGAGUGGGUUGGAAGAAAGUAGAUGUGAACUUCCAUGCAUCAAUGUGGCCUUACUCUGCUCACAACAACAUGCAUGUUAAGAAUGAGUGGCUUCACAAUGCGGGUGCCGGUGUGAUCGCCCACGUCGCAGACAGCUUGAAACAGACAUGUCUGCCCUCCAGCCUGUGAGAUUCACACCUGGGAUGCUGACUUUCGCCACGGUUAGGUCUACAAGGAAUUAGUGAUACAUCUUGUUGUAGACGGUUCGCAAGUCAGUUGCAGAGGCAGGUGCCGGCACAAACUGGAAAUGAAAAAAGAAGAACGGGAUGAUAUUUCUCAUUCGGAAGAUGAUUGCGACGACUCGUGCUGGAAGCAAAUGGUAUUUUAGAUGAUAUUACGCCGCAGAUAGGUGUGAAGUGUUCGAAGCUAUGGUGGAUUAUGCUAAUAUUGAGAGAGGCCGUACUGGGAAUGUAACACCGCGGUUGACCUGGAAAACCCAGGCAUUUUAACACUGAGGCCUGUUUUUGCUGGUGUCCCGUCCAACAAGAAUGAACAUAUGGAGGUGGUACUGAGAGUUGACGGAUGCUGAAGCAAUGUAAGCAUUCUUGUUACUAGUCAGGUUGCUGCAUUGACCGUUCCAUACUGAACUUGAAGCAUUUCUGUUAGAGCAGCACUGCAGCAGCAGUGCUCACAUGCAGCAGGGGAGUGAGUGCAAUCUGAAUUCAGAGCUAGCUGGCUGCUGUGAGUCAAUGCAAUGGUCCGGAAAGAAGGGAUGACCAGGGAAAGUAUCUGGUGCUCGCAAACCUUGGGUACUCCCGGUACUCCAAUGUCAAAAAACAUAUUUUGAAUGUUUCAGAAAAAUUCUGAGAAAAAUUAUGAAUGUUCACAACGAAUGUGACUACAAGCCAUAAAAUUUUCAGAUCCAAACUCGAAACACAUAUUGAGAAACAAAAACGUGAAAUCUAGCAUGAAUAGUGUAAAGAAGAGACAAAAGCAACAUUGACACUAUUUAGAUCUGGAUUUCUUUUUUUUGUUUCUCAAUGUACAUUUCGAGUUUGGAUCUGAAAUUUUUAGGGCUUGUAGUCACAUUCAUUGUGAACAUUCACAAUUUUUUUCAAAUUUUUUAGAACAUUCAAAAUAUGUUUUUUAAAAUUGGAGUACUGGAAGUACCCGAAGGCUGUGAGUAUUGGAUACUUUCCCGGGAUGACCACAUGUUGUAAUUAACAGCAAAAAUAAUUAGGAACCAAAGUUUAAAUUAUGGAAAAUGUUUAUUUUUGGGAAUAAGAAUAUGUAUGUGAGAAAAAUCAGGAAAAUUAUUAAAUGGUAAAAAUACAGAUUUAAAGUC